UUCGGAAAGAACCAGAGCUGUUUCUUUCUGUUCGUCAGAACAGCGGACGGGAGUCAAAGAUGGAGCGGGAGCAGGAGAAGAAGCUGAAGCUGCUGGUGAAUCUGGCAGUGGCUCUCUCGAUCCUCUCGGCUUCGACCGGAGCGGCCGAGUACGUGAGGCCCCAGCCUCGGAAGACUCUCGACUUCUCAAGGAAGCCGAAACUCUCCCCUUCUUUCCCCCAGCAGGUUCACAUAUCUUUGGCUGGAGACAAGCACGUGCGAGUUUCGUGGGUCACGGAUGAUAAGGACUCUCCGUCCUAUGUUGAAUAUGGGAUGUCGCCGGGUAAAUACGAGCAUACGACGCAAGGAGAGAGCACUUCUUACAGCUAUCUACUCUAUAGCUCGGGCAAGAUACACCAUGUGGUUAUUGGGCCUCUUGAAGAUGGCACGGUUUACUAUUAUCGAUGUGGAGGAGGCGGUCCCGAAUUCCAGCUUAAAACUCCUCCGGCACAGCUUCCGGUUAACUUUGCUGUGGCUGGGGACUUGGGCCAAACUGGUUGGACUAAGUCGACCCUGGAUCACAUUGCCCAGUGUCAGUACGAUGUUCAUCUCCUUCCUGGGGACCUGUCCUAUGCUGAUUUCUUGCAGCAUCGGUGGGACACUUUUGGUGAGUUUGUGGAGCCACUUGCAAGCUCGAGGCCUUGGAUGGUGACCGAAGGAAACCACGAAAAGGAGAGAAUCCCGCUGUUUGAAGAGGGGUUUCAAUCCUAUAAUGCUCGAUGGAAGAUGCCAUUUGAGGAGAGUGGAUCGAGCUCAAAUCUCUAUUAUUCAUUUGAGGUGGCAGGGGUCCACGUGAUCAUGCUUGGAUCGUAUGCGGACUAUGAUGAGUACUCUGAGCAAUAUGAUUGGCUGAAGGCGGACUUAUUGAAGGUGGAUCGGAGCAGAACCCCGUGGCUCAUAGUUCUGUUUCACGUGCCAUGGUAUAAUAGUAAUCAUGCUCACCAAGGGGAAGGACAAAGGAUGAUGGAGGCAAUGGAGCCCUUGCUGUAUACUGCCGGAGUGGAUAUAGUAUUGGCCGGACAUGUACAUGCAUAUGAGCGCUCGAAACGAGUCUAUAAUGGAAGACCUGAUUCUUGUGGCGCCGUCCACAUCACAAUUGGAGAUGGUGGCAAUAGGGAAGGGUUGGCUCAGAAGUAUAAGGAUCCUCAACCCGAGUGGUCAGUCUUUCGCGAGGCGAGCUUUGGUCAUGGAGAGCUCAAAUUUGUGAACGCAUCUCAUGCAUUCUGGAGCUGGCAUAGGAAUGAUGAUGACGAGCCCAUUAAAUCUGAUGAGGUUUGGAUAUCCUCCUUGGCCAGCUCAGGUUGCCUUGUCCAAAAGAAACAUGGAUUCAGAAAAAUUCUCAUGGCUCCUUAGUACUGACCAUCGCCCUAUGCUGGCCUAUUAUUCGCUUAAUUAGAAACAAGAGCAAAUGAGAAAGAAUGAAAAGCUUCUACAAGCUUCGGCUUUGUCUACAUAAUUUGGUAUGGUUUUUUUCUUCAGUGAGACCAUGCCACUCGCACAUUGGCUUUCUCUGGCCAUGAAGGUGCUUAAUCAGUUCUUUAGAAUGGAAAAGGUGGUCUUCUUGUUUCAACUGUGAUCAUCGACUCCAGUUCAUUCCUAUGAAUAUAUAUAUAGUUUUGUGUGCUGUGAUUAUG